AUGUGGUUUUUCAGGAGAAGGCUUCCUAAAAUUCCCAGAGCCCUCAUUUGGCUCAUUGUUUUAACAAACCUUUGCAUCUUCAUUGCUAAUUUCAACUCCUUGUUUGGCUUGUCAAAGGUUAAGAUUUUCAGGCAAUUGAGCAUUUUCCAGCAUGCCUCAGAUAUGCUGCAGAUGGACACCCAAGAGCAACAGGGUUUAAACUAUUCUGAUAAUGGGAACUCAAGGAGCUUUUUAAAGGUGACGUUGGGGAGAGACACCACAAGACUCAAACAAGAUAUGGCUGAGAGGACGUCAAGGUGGGAAGGAAAGGAGGAGCAGAAGAAAAUGACGAAACCAGUUGCCAGGGUGGAGGAAGCCAAGGAGGGCAUGACUGCAAAACCGCCACCUGGGUUGGAGGGAAUCAAGAAGACAACAGUGAAAACAGCCCCCAGGGUGCAGGAAAAAAAGGAGAAAACAACAGUAAAACCAACCCCAGGGGUGGAAGAAGCCAAGGAAAAGACAAUAGUGAAACCACUUCCCAGGGUGGAGGGAGCCAAGGAGAUGGCAACAGUGAAACCAUCCUAUGGGGUGAAGAGAGCUUAUGAAAACAACAUAUCCAAAGACCAAACAAAGCCAAAAGAGCCUCCUGCACCAGAGAAAAGUGUAAGGUCUGUUCCUCAGGAUGCUGCAGUGACAGAAAAGAAGAAACUGAGGGCUGCUGACUUCAAGUCUGAGCCGCGGUGGGAUUUCGAGGACAAGUACCUGCUGGACAACUCAUCUCCACCAUCGACUUGCUCUGAAUCAGUGAAGGCCAAAGCUGCCAAGUCUGACUGGCUACGGGAUCUUUUCCUGCCCAACAUCAUGCUCUUCACAGACAAGAGAUACUUCAAUGACAGUGAGUGGGAACGCCUGGAGCAUUUUGCACCUCCGUAUGGCUUCAUGGAGCUGAAUUAUUCAUUAGUGGAGGAGGUCAUGUCCCUGCUGCCCCCAAACGCCCAUCAGCAGCUGCUCCUGGCCAACAGCAACAGCAGCAUGCCGACAUGCAUCAGCUGUGCCGUCGUGGGGAAUGGAGGAAUAUUGAAUAACUCUGGGAUGGGCCAGGAGAUCGACUCCCAUGACUACGUCUUCCGGGUGAGCGGGGCUGUAAUCAAAGGUUAUGAAAAAGAUGUGGGAACAAAAACCUCCUUUUAUGGAUUCACAGCCUUCUCCCUGGUGUCCUCUCUCCAGAUCCUGGGACACAGAGGCUUCAGCAGCAUCCCACGGGGAAAACAUGUCAGAUACAUUCACUUCCUGGAGGGAGCUAGAGACUAUGAGUGGCUGAAGGCUCUUCUGCUGAACAAGAACAUCAGGAAAGGAUUCUUGAACGACUACGGGCAGAGGCCCCGGGAGAGAUUCGAUGAAGAUUUCACGAUGGACAAAUACCUGGUGGUUCACCCUGAUUUCCUCAGAUACAUGAAAAACAGGUUUUUAAAAUCUAAAACUCUGGAAAAGCCCUACUGGAGGAUGUACAGGCCCACAACAGGGGCCUUCCUGCUGCUGACUGCCCUCCAUCUCUGUGACCAGGUGAGUGCCUAUGGCUACAUCACAGAGGGUCAUGAGAAGUACUCAGAUCACUACUAUGACCAGCACUGGAAACGUCUGAUUUUCUACAUUAACCACGACUUCGACCUGGAGAAGCAGGUGUGGAAAAAGCUUCACAAUGAGAAUAUCAUGAAGCUUUACCAGAGAUCCUGA